AUGGCACGCAAACUGAGCCAUCAAAGGGUCACAUAUGUGCUCCCUCCGGCUGAUGCACCCGGUGGUCAUCGGCUGGGUAUCAAUAGCUUAGCGAUAGACCCGGAGAGAUCGACCCUCUACUCGGCUGGUCGCGAUGGAGUGAUAUGCUCGUGGGACCUCGACCUUCCCUCGCUUCCCUCGUCCUCAGCCUCGAAACCCGGUCCGACCAAGUUUCGUAAUCAGGUUCAGGCGCACACGCACUGGAUCAACGACAUCGUCUUAACCCAGAACAAUUCUGCCCUCGUUAGUGCCUCGUCGGACACCACGGUUAGGCUAUGGCGGCCUCACUCCGAGACUACCGAUGUCCCCGAGCCCAUCGGUAAACACACCGACUACGUCAAGGCGCUUGCGAGCCCAGGAUCCCAGUCAACAUGGGUUGCGUCGGGCGGCUUGGAUCACAAAGUCAGUUUGUGGGACCUCAAUGGCAAAGGGCAAAUCCUUAGCAUAGGUGCCGCUGGUACGGAUGAAGGUGCGAAAGGCUCGGUCUACGCUUUGGGUGCUGUCUCUUCCGUCGUGGCUAGUGGUGGACCUGAAAAGCUGGUGAGGGUGUGGGAUCCGAAGUCCGGAAAAUUGAUCACGAAAUUCGUUGGGCAUACGGACAACAUCCGAGAUAUUCUAAUCAAUAGUGACGGUGAUACGAUUAUGACGGCGUCUUCGGACCAGACUGUCAAGAUCUGGUCUCUGACGGCAGGCCGAUGCAUGCAUACGCUGACUAUGCACAACGAUAGCGUCUGGUCGCUUUAUUCGAACCAUCCCAACCUUUCCGUCUUUUACUCUAGCGACCGUUCCGGUCUGGUUGCCAAAACUGAUACGAGGAAUGCUUCCGAUAUUGAACAGGGUAUUUGUGUGGCUGCAGUACAGGAGCAUGAGGGCGUAAUCAAGGCUGUAGCAGCUGGAGACCACAUCUGGACUGCAACGCCGACUUCUAGCAUCAAUCGCUGGGGUGACAUUGAUACGACUGCGGAGAUUGACGCUCCCAAAGUGAUUGGCGAUCCUUCAGACGCGAACGAAAAAGAGUCAAACAAGUCGUCGCCAAAGGAAAAACCAACAACGAUACCUUACGAGUCACUUUUGCUUCUUUCCAACACGUCUAUACUACCUAGUGCACGGAUACCCCAAGCAUCCAACGCGGUUGCAAAUGGUCAGCCAUCCUCGCCGCGACCGGACAUUGAGGAGGAACUAGGCAUCACACUUCCCGUCUUUUCUCUGCCUGAAGAGACAGUAGAGGGUCAGCAUGGACUAAUCAAGCACUGUCUGUUGAAUGACCGGAAACGCACAUUAACACAAGAUUCCGCUGGCGAAGUCAUUUUAUGGGAUUUACUUAGGUGUGUACCUAUCAAGUCAUUCGGCAAACGUCAUAUGGAUGAUGUGGAAUUGGAAGUCAACACUACUGAGAGUGUCGCACACUGGUGCACGAUUGAUAUUCGAACGGGGAGGCUGUCUGUAAUACUCGAGCCAGGAAGGUGUUUCGACGCAGAAAUAUACGCGGAUGAGGCUCAGCUAGCAGACUAUUCUCAAAUACGGGAGGAUCAAAGAUUGAACUUGGGAAAGUGGGCCUUACGUUGGCUCUUUGCUCCGUUGGUGGAUGAACAGGUCAAGCGUGACGCCGAAUACCGUGCUGAAGCGAAAGCUAAAGCGGAGGAAAUGGCCAAGUCACAUAGUCAGACCGCGCCAGUGGAUAUCCCAGGGAAGUUAAGCGUGCCGGUACCGCCAGAUCCAUCCUCCGCUCCUGGACGCUCGGGUUAUGAUUCAUUCGGCAGUCCCACCACCCCUGGUUUUGGAAUAGGCUUUGCCACAAGCCCCGGUUCAUUGACGGCGUCAGUUCUAAACCACGGGCAUAACACCCACAAUAACAUGGGGACGUCUCCAGGAGAGUCUUCUGAUUAUUUAAUGUCACAUCAAAGUGCGGAUGUGGCGAGGAGCUCCAUGUCGGAUAGGUCGAGCGACUACUUCUCGUCUCCCAAAACUCAAGCAACACCUGCAGAACCCGACAAGUCCUUGUCCACACCAGGAGGAGAGCAGACACCAACUGCUACUUCGGCCAGUGAGCCUGAUAAGGAGGAACGCAAGAAGAGCAGCAGCUCACGCUUUGGAAAGAAGUUCCGGAUGGACUUCCCCAAGAAGCUGGGGCGUACCUCGUCUGAAGCCAAGCCGCAGAUACAAGAAGAAAAGGUAGAGGAGCCUGAGAUGACAUCCGUGAAGGAGGAGAAGGUUUUCGAAAACAACCUCAGCGGCUUUAUUGAGCGAGUACAUCACGAUUAUGAGGAAUAUCUUUCCGCCAAUCCAAGCCAAGAUCUGGCAUCGGCGUUUGCCCCUAGCGACGAGAGCGAGACACCCCUGCUGGAUAUACCAAAUCGCACUGUAGUCUUUAUCCAAGAAGAAUCUGGCGAUUCGGUUGUGGCCACCGAUAUUUACAGAGGUACUGUUGAAAAUAUCAGCCAGGAUAGGGAGAAACUUGAGAAAGCCAUGCCGCUGUGGCUAGCCGAUUUGCUACUCAGGAACCAAAUGCCCUUCAAGGAGCCCGUCAAAGUCGCAUUCACACUGAAACCAUACGACGACUCCCUACCACCAGUCGUCAAACCAGACCCGCCUAGCUUCAAUGGCAACACAAACAACUCCCGCCUGAACGCCAACCGAAUGCUUCGGGCCAAGAAAAUAUUAGCAUACGUAUCGGAGCGCAUCGAAGAACCGACCAACGACCCGGUACAAGAUGCAAUGAAACCCGAGGAUUACCUUGAGCUGUACUGUCAUAACAUUCUCAUAACCCCCAACAUGACUCUUGCCACUAUAAGAGCGCUCCACUGGCGCAACAGCACCGAUAUGGUUCUCCAUUACAAGGCUACCGACAAAAAGGCAAUUCGACUGAUAGGGUCUGACAAAGGCAACAAUCCCAAGGAAAGCCCAGGAAUUGAGGAACCCCAAUCCAACCAACAACCCCAGUCCGAGUCAGGCGGAGCCGGAGCUGCUGCCCAUGUCGAGGAUGCCGGGGCUUCACAGGGCAGCACGGCUUCAGGACCUGCCUCUGUAAAUAACAGUUGA